UGUCAUCAUCCUUCCUUCGUGGGAGUGUCAUCAUCCUUCCUUCGUGGGAGUGCCAAUUCACCCUUCCUUAGUGGAGUGCGAUCACCCUUCCUUCGUGGGAGUGUAAUCUUCCUUCCUUCGUGGGAGUGUCAUUAUCCUUCCUUCGUGGGAGUGUUAUCAUCCUUCCUUCGUGGGAGUGCCAUCACCAUUCCUUCUGAAGUAUAUUACCCUUCCUUCGUGGGAGUGCCAAUUCACCCUUCCUCUGUGGGAGUGCCAAUUCACCCUUCCUCUGUGGGAGUGCCAAUUCACCCUUCCUUUGUGGGAGUGCCAUCUCAUCCUUCCUUCGUGGGAGUGUCAUCACCCUUCCUUCGUGGGAGUGUUAUCAUCCUUCCUUCGUGGGGAGUGCCAAUUCACCCUUCCUUAGUGGAGUGUCAUCAUCCUUCCUUCGUGGGAGUGUCAUCAUCCUUCCUUCGUGGGAGUGUCAUCAUCCUUCCUUCGUGGGAGUGUCAUCACCCUUCCUUCGUGGGAGUGUCAUCACCCUUCCUUCGUGGGAGUGCCAAUUCACCCUUCCUUCGUGGGA